AUGAUAGACUUCGAUCAAGUUCAAUUAAUGGACCGAGCCGUAAGAGAAUCCGUUGGAUAUUUUAAUGGCCUUCACCGAAGGUACAAUAAUCCCGAUUACAAUGUCAUUUCACGAAAAACAAUAUCCAGUAGUAUAUGUCAACAUUGA